GAGCUGCAGAGGACAGAUCAGUGCAAAUCGUCCUGCACAGACCAACUCAGCUGCAAGCAGAAAUCUCGUUUCUCUCUUUUAAUUCUCCAAAUCCAUUUUUCUUCCUUUUUUGAUGGCUUCACCUGUGAAUAGUUUGAGGCAUCUCCUCCUGCUCACCUACUGUUUUGCUCUCUCAGAGACACAGUUUCUCGGUUUAAAUUUCUGGUCUGCUCCAACCGGGAAGCUAAAAACCACCCCCUCAGCCGAGAGCACUGCACCUGUCCUGCAGACCACAGAGCCACCUGGCACUUCUGCAAGUCCUGCAAGCGAGGCACCUCGAACCACCCCAGCGACACUGCUACCAGCGAAAUCCCCGGAUCCAUUUCCUCCCCGGGAGUCAGAGGCCGAUGAAGGCGGCACCCUACCCCCCACGACAGCCCCCUCUCCCAAGCCGGAAGAAAGACAGGAAAACAUUGCCGGCGUGGGUGCUCAGAUCCUAAACGUGGCUCAGGGCAUCCGGAGUUUCUUGAAACUGUGGGAUGAGAAGACCACAGCCGGCCCAGCUCCGGUCACCCCCACGCUGUCCUCUGCUCCCGGGACGGAACCGGAACCCCAGGCUAUUCAGAAUGGGACGGCUGCUCCAGCGGAUGAUGCGGAAAGCCCAGUGGACGUGGGUUGGACAGAGGCCCAAGCCCCGUCCAGGGCGACUCCAUCUCCUCUGGAGCAGAACGGGACAGGCGUGCUCUUAACGAAGCCUUCCGCUCCUCCCCCAGAGAAUUUCAGCAACGAAGUUGGGCUUCUGCAGCUUAUCGGAGAACCACCCCCAAAACAGAUAACGCAAGUGUACGAUGCUGACACGGGCCUCGGCUACGUCUUCGGGCCAGAUGCCAACGCCGGCCAGGUGGCCCGCUACUAUGUCCCCAAUCCCUUCUACAAAGACUUCUCGCUCAUCUUCCACGUUAAGCCCACCACAGACGGGCCCGGAAUGCUGUUUGCCAUCACCGACGCCACGCAGUCGCUCAUAUUUGUGGGCGUGAAACUCUCCAAGGCGACUGAUGGGAAGCAGCAGGUCAUUUUUUAUUACACAGAACCAGGCACGGAAAGGUCGGUGGUGGCGGCCAGCUUCAGAUGGCCGUUGCUGGCCAGAAAGUGGAACCGCUUCGCUGUUGGCGUGGAGGACGAGGAGGCGGUCCUGUACGUUAACUGCCACGAGGUUGAGAGGGUUCACUUUGAGCGGUCGCCGGAUGACUUGAUCCUAGAAGCUGGAUCCGGGCUUUUUGUCGCUCAUGCCGGAGGGGCCGACCCAGACAAAUUCCAGGGGGUGAUUGCAGAAUUGAAGGUGAGAGGGGAUCCCCAGGUGACAAGUCUUCAAUGUGUAGAUGAUGACGAUGAUGAUGACAGUGAUGGGCCAUCUGGAGACUUCGGAAGUGGACUGGAAGAACAUCCGCGGAGAGAUCCGGCAUCUCCCUUGCCCCCCGACCUGCCGGAAGCUCCCCCAGUCACUUCGCCACCCCUCGCUGGAACAACUGUACAAGAAGAAGAUGAAAGUGAAGCUGAUCCCCAACCAGGACAAUUAGAGGAGGAGGAAGGCAAUUUAGUUUCAUCUGGAGCCCAGAGCCAUCCAAAAGGGGAUAAGGAGAAGAAAGAGGAACAUGGUCCAGAAGGCUCCAAAGGGGACUUGGAGGAGAUUGAAAAAUUGAAGGAAAAUGUAGGAUUUGGACAUGCAAGCACGAAGGGGCAGAAAGGUGAGCCUGGGGCCCGGGGUGAGCCUGGCCCUGUGGGACCCCAAGGACCUGCCGGCUCUGUUCUUCAAGGCCCAGGCGACCCCACCGUGGAGCAAGUUUCGGGGCCACAAGGACCUCCAGGGCCACCUGGCUCUCCAGGGAAUGAUGGCUCCCCAGGAAAAGAUGGUGAACCCGGCGUUCCUGGUGAAGAUGGCAAACCAGGUGAUAUUGGGCCUCAAGGUUUCCCUGGAACACCUGGAGAUAUUGGUCCUAAGGGAGAUAAGGGGGAUCCUGGUGUUGGGCCUAGAGGUCCCCCCGGACCCCCCGGUCCACCUGGACCACCUGGAUCUUCCUCGAAAACUGACAAGCUGACUUUUAUUGAUAUGGAAGGAUCCGGAUUUGGAGGCGAUUUGGAAAGUUUGCGGGGCCCAAGAGGUUUUCCCGGCCCCCCAGGACCUCCUGGAGUGCCUGGAUUACCAGGCGAGCCGGGGAGAUUUGGUACCAACGGAACAGAUGCUCCAGGCCCCCCUGGCCUUCCUGGUUUGCCAGGCCGAGAUGGGACCCCUGGACCACAAGGACCCCCAGGUCCUCCAGGGCCACCAGGAAAAGUUGGAAACCAAGGAGAGAUGGGGCUAAAAGGAGAGAAUGGUGUCAUAGGCCUCCCUGGAGCUCCUGGACUCAAGGGUAGCAAGGGAGAAGAUGGUCCCAUUGGAAAACCAGGAGAAGCGGGUGUGGAUGGUCAGCCUGGACCCAUAGGACCCCCAGGGCAGCCUGGCCCGCCUGGCCCACCCGGCCCACCGGGUCCCGGCUUCGGAGCUGGAUUUGAUGACAUGGAAGGCUCUGGGAUUCCAUUUCUGACUGGUACUUCGGGCCCUCGAGGGCUUGAAGGGCCUCAGGGCCCACCUGGACUGCCUGGACUCAAGGGUGACGAUGGAAUUCCUGGAAUAGCUGGCCCACCUGGAGCGAAGGGAGAUCAUGGAGCCCCAGGCUUGCCUGGCCAACCCGGGAUGGAGGGUCCUCAAGGGCCUCAGGGCCCAAAAGGUGACAGAGGAUCCCCAGGAGAAAAAGGCGAACCAGGGAAGGAUGGAGUGGGCCAUCCUGGUUUACCCGGACCACCAGGACCACCUGGACAGAUCGUCCAUGUAUCACCUGAAUAUGGUUCAAUUGGACCAAAGGGAGACUUAGGAUCGAAAGGCUAUUGGGGUACUCCAGGACCAAAGGGUGAGAAAGGAGAGCCAGGAACGGUUGUUGGUUCUGACGGCAUGGUCUUAGCACCUGGACAGAAAGGAAACAAGGGUGACCCAGGCUUCAGGGGACCCCCUGGUCCUUACGGACGACCUGGGCACAAGGGUGAAAUCGGCUUCCCAGGGCGACCUGGUCGUCCUGGGAUGAAUGGGCUGAAGGGCGAGAAAGGUGAACCAGCAGAUGUCAGUGGAGGAUUUGGCUUCAGGGGUCUGCCUGGUCCUCCUGGCCCCCCAGGUCCCCCCGGCCCCCCUGGUGCUUCAGUUCCUCUCUAUGACAGUAAUGCAUUUGGUGACACUGGGCCUCCUGGGCCUCCAGGAUUACCCGGUUUUCAGGGUACCCCUGGACAGAAAGGUGAAAAAGGAGAUAUCGGUCCUGUAGGGCCCCCAGGACCAUUCCCAUAUGAUUUCAGCCAGUUUGGGACCAGUGUUAAGGGUGAAAAGGGAGCACGAGGAGACGCUGGGCAGAAAGGUGAACGGGGUGAACCUGGAAGUGGUGGAUUCUUUGGAUCAAGUGCCUCCGGCCCCCCUGGCCCUCCUGGCCCUCAGGGGUAUCCUGGAAUUCCGGGUCCUAAGGGAGAUAGUGUAAGAGGCCAACCUGGCCCCCCUGGAGCUCAAGGACCCCCUGGCAUUGGAUAUGCAGGGCGACAGGGACCUCCAGGCCCUCCCGGGCCCCCUGGACCACCCUCCUUUCCGGGACCACAUAGGCAAACUAUAACUGUUCCCGGACCUCCAGGCCCCCCGGGUCCCCCCGGCCCCCCAGGAACCACAGGACCAUCAGCAGGGCUGAGAAUUUUGUCAACAUACCAAGCCAUGCUAAACAAAGCCCAUGAGCUGCCAGAAGGGUGGGUUAUCUUUGUGGCGGACAGAGGCGAACUUUAUGUCCGGGUCCGGAAUGGAUUCAGGAAAAUCAUGCUUGAGGCUCAGAUUCCACUCCCACAGGGAUCGGAGAACGAAGUGGCGGUGGUGCAGCCCCCCGUGGUUCAGUACCCCCAGUCAGGCUCUCAGUUUAAUGACGGCAACAACCCUUACCCCCGCCGAGAACAGCCUUACUCCACCGCCAAGCCCUGGAGGGCUGACGAUAUCCUGCCUGGCUACCCCCGCUACCCGGAUCAGUCCAACAGUCAUCAGACUUACCAUGGGGCCCAGCAUCACCAGGAGCACCAACACAGCCUCUACCCAAACCUACGGCCUGAAUACCUCACCCCAUCCCCAGUUCACACCCAUCACGACUUCCAGCCUGCUCUCCACCUGAUUGCGCUGAACACCCCGCUGAGCGGCGGCAUGCGUGGCAUCCGGGGCGCCGACUUCCAGUGCUUCCAGCAGGCCAGGGAAGUGGGCCUGACUGGCACCUUCCGAGCUUUCCUAUCAUCCAGACUUCAGGACCUCUACAGCAUCGUCCGGCGAGCAGACAGGAACGGGGUGCCGAUCGUCAACCUCAGGGAUGAACUUUUGUUUAACAACUGGGAGGCCCUUUUCUCUGGCUCAGAAGGCCAGCUGAAGCCUGGCUCUCGCAUCUUCUCAUUCGAUGGUAAAGACGUCCUGAGGCACUCUUCCUGGCCACAGAAGAGCGUGUGGCACGGCUCCGACUCCAAGGGCCGACGGCUGACCGAAAACUACUGUGAGACCUGGCGGACGGACGAGGCCGUGGUGACGGGCCAGGCCUCCUCCCUGAUGUCCGGCAAGCUGCUCGAGCAGAAGCCCAUGAGCUGCAGGAACGCUUUCGUCGUCCUUUGUAUCGAGAACAGCUUCAUGACCUCCUUGUCCAAGAAAUAGAGGCCCGGACCGCAAACAAUGGAUGGACAGGAGGAGGGCGAGGGGGAGCGGGCGGAGAGACCCCCGCCUCUCCCCCCCACCCAACCGCCGCAGGACAAGGCCGGCCGGGCUCCCAAGGCGGGCAGUGUUACCAGACAGAGUAACCUAGCCAUUGGGUUUACUUGUACAGCUCAUACGUUCAUGUAAUCAAUCAAGAAAUAAAAGAAGCCAAAGAGUGUAUUUUUAAAAAUGUUUAAAACAAAACAGCCUGAUGCUGAGACUGUUUCUCCCUUCUCUUCCUCUACCCAACUCACCUGAGGCCCAUAUUCCUCCAUGACCCCACCCAAAAGUCAUUUAAAAUGGCUCCUGAAGCCUAAGCUGAAGGGAAUCUGGACCCGAGGCAUUUGGUUGGCCUUGUGUCCCUGAUCCUCUUCACCUAACCCAGAUGGUGCACGCCCCUUCUUCUCUACACUGAGCAUUUUAAACUAUUACACCAAGGUUGAAGGGGGUGGCUAGUUCCCCCCUUUCUAUGUCCUUUUUCUUCUCUAUUUACAGGAUGCUCCUUUUAUCCAGAGACACCAAGGGUUUGUAGCUUUGUCAAGCAGAGGCACUUACAGAAGCGGUUGCCUAAGCAGAGACGGCCCUCACGAGUUAAGACGUUUCUCACCUGGUUCCGAUGUUCUGUUUGGAUUGACGUUUCCCAUCCGGGAAUGCCUCUAAUCAUGUCCCUCUCCGUGGUCGGCUCCCCAGGUAGCCAGCCUGCUACAGAUCGAGGGCCCGCUGCCAGUUAGCCCCACGCCAGGGCUUCCUUCCUAUCAGUCCCUUGACCAUUAGAGGCCCGUCCUGACCAAACAAACAGGGCUUGGUUUUCUCAAGGCUCUUGGUUAUCCCUGGAACUUUAAAAUCCAAAGGGGUUCCUUCCCAAAGGGAGCUAGCUCCACUGAGAAACCUGUGUUUGGGAUGCUUAAAACCCGACUUCACAUUCCCACUUGGAGUCUACUCUCCUUGCAGAGCAGAGCCCUGUUCCUGCCCACGCCCAUGGAGGAUUACAGCUCUGCUUUUGGCUGUACCCAAUUAAUAUGUACUUUCUUCUGUAUUCAAAAGGCAAACCAGCAUCCAGGACCUGUGGUACAGGCUUCCUGCGUAUCUCGGGGAGACUCCAGGAGUGGUGCAAGUGGCCUGCUUUUAAAAAGCCCUCAGGAACUACCUCUACCUUCAGUUGUCAGUCCUAACCAACCCUCUCCGGGGAUGAAGAGGCCUCUUCUUUUCUCCCUGGAUUGACAGUCUAAUCUCAGUGCAGAUAUCCAUUGUAUUUCCAGCUGGCGUUGCUUCUCUGGCCAUAGAAGAGGAAGUAAAACUCCAGCCCAGCAGCCACUGAGGGAGUCCACAGUCAGUCCUCACACUACACUGGCUGAAUUCUCCCUUCUUUUCAGGUUUGGUGUAUGAUAUUUAAAGAAAAGAAAAAUGAAAUUCAGGUCCGGCCAUAGAAAAGACAAUGUUGAAUGUGGUACUAGGUGUGAAGAUUGCAAUUGUUUGUCCAAAAAAUUAGGAAAAAAAACUGUUUUGGGUUAGUUUGGUUGGUUUUUUUUUUUAAUUUUUAAAUUCAGAUGUUCCCCUCACACCCAGCCUGUUGGGUGAGAGUGUUUUGCUUCACUCUCUGUGGAUUAGAUGCUGGUUUCUGGGGUUUUAAGGAUGUGGCUGGAAUUCAGGCCCCUCCUUCCUCUCAUUUCCUUCCUGAAGAAGUAUCUCAAAUUCUCACAGGACAGUGGUUGCCUCAGAUACUAAAGGGCUCAGCCUGAUGGCUUUUGAUUUGGGACACUUCUCCAUCCCUUCUAGAAAUUAGCCUUGAUGCCUUCAGUAGAGCAGUUUUCUGUGAGAUCCCAUCUGCCCCCCCGGCCAAAUGCACAAACCCAGGAGAAAAUGGCAUGAUGAUUAUCCACCUUCAGCUUGGGUUUUUCACAUGACAUGACUGGAGCCUCUGGUCCACUGUGAAAACCACAGAACAAGAGAUUGCUGAGAUGUUUUUCAACUAUUCACCCCACCCUUAUUCACUUCCAUCUCUAUUGUGUAGCCAUGAGACAGGCUAACUACUGAAUUUUAACAUGGUCACUACAAGCAUGGAGAUGUUUUGUCUCUGGACCACUGCUCAAUUGGAUAUACUGUUUUAAACUAGUGACACCAGUCAGAGACAGGCACUAAAAACAAUUCUGAGCGAAUCUGUUUGAUCUUUUUAUCAAUGCUAAUUUUUCUGUAAACUGGGAAAGAAGGGCCCCUUGCCACUCUUGGCUUCCACAGUCCCCAACUUCUUGCUUUCAAAGCUUCUGGCUUGUAUUCUCCUGGGCUAAUCUUUUAAGGAGCUGGGAAAAAAUAAUUGGGAGGCAAAGACUCUGAGUGCACCUCUAAGGGGGAGUUGACAUGAAAAGCAAAUAAUUGUGGGACAUGCUGGAGGAAAGAGCAUGAGUGGAAAGAGCAAUAGAUCUCAAGUACCAACUGUCAGUUUAAAAUGCACAAAGGGGUUAUGACUAGAAACAGAUUAUUAAUGUUUACCUACUUGCUCAGAGCACAGAGAGCCUGUUUCUUGCAUGUGCCUAGGAAAAAUCAAGAUGGUCCUGUUGGGAUUUUUGAAAAGGAUGGAGAGAUUUGGGGUUUAAAACCAGAUCUGGCACCUGUACCUUCAUCUGGCAUUGGCUUGAGUGGUAUGUGGCAAUUUUGUAGUUAAAACCCUUAGAGGCCUGAAAAUGUUUUAACUGCACCAUGAAUGGAGAAGAGGAACACUGUAGGACUUGCAACUUUGGGAUGGGAGUGUGGUGGUGGAGAGAGGGAGAGUGAGAGAAAGUGUGUGUGUGUUUGUACAUGAACAAAAGAGAAAAGCUUCUAUUCAGCCACUAAAGUGAACCCAAACUACAAGUUUGAAUGUUAGAAUAUGUGCUCAUCAAUUUAAAAAAAUCACAUUUUGCGGUUGUUUUCUAUUGGCAUCCCAGCCAUGAGCUGUUCCUGCUUCCAAGCCAGAAAUCUGGGUGACCCAUAUGUGCUACUUAUGCAUUUGUUAAGCACUGAUUAGUCUGAAAACAUGAGGUGCUAAAUAUUCGAUUAACUUUCUCAUACCACCCUGGAGUGAUUAUAACAAUCUAAGCCACCCAAUUUAUCUAUAUCUUACUAUGUCUACUGUAUUUUGUGUAAAUGCAAUUUAAAACCUGUGUAAACUUUUAUUUUGUCUAUUGUGUGCUACAAGCCAUUUUCGAAAGGCACUGACUGAAUAAAGAAUAUUUCCUCUUGGACCUGA